UAUUGACCUUAUUUUCCACGACAACAAGGGUGGCGCCAUUACGCUCAUUUUGUCAUCUCACUUCCGGUUUCGAAGGAUCUAACGUUAGUCGUAAGCUUCUACAGCAAGAAUGUCAAGCAUUGCGUGUUCAGUUCGGGGCUGCCAUAACAAUUGGAUAAAGAGGAGAAACCAAUUACAACAACAGUGUUAUGAACACAGAGUGACCCGGUCGGAGUGUUGUGGUGCACCUUACGAUUUACAUCCACCACCUAAAGAUGAUGAGCACCUGAGGCAAUGGCUGAAGGCGCUCAAUUUAAAACAGCCACCCAAGCGCCCUUACGUGUGUUCUUACCAUUUCGUUGACGGAAAGCCAACUGAUAGACACCCUUACCCCGAGAAAUGGCUCGGCUACGAAGCUCCGGUAAAAAAGCCACGCCGGGUGCUGGAAAGGUUGUACGAUUCAGAUCCAUCAGUGGCUGCCAGUAAUGCAGUGGACAGCUGUGAAGAUGAACCUGUGUGCAUGCCCCUAAAUUGUGAUGCAGAAACACAAUGGGAGGAUCUAUGCGUCUCUGAGCACAGCUACACAAAGUCACAGCUCAACCUGAAGCCACCGACAAGGGAUAUGCAAACCCAGUGCAAUGAGUCACAGCCGCUGUAUAUAACGCUACUAAGAAAAAAUGACCUUUGUCAGCUCUACACAGGGUUGACAUUAGAUGCAUUUCAUUCAGUUGCAGAGCACCUUACAAAUGCAUACAGCAACAGCUUCCAGCUUCAUCCAUGGGAUCAGCUCCUAAUGACUCUGAUGAAGUUGCGUCUUAAUUUACUGCAGGGCGAUCUUGCUGAAAGGUUUGCUGUUUCUCAAUCCAUCGUAAGCAAGGUGAUUUCAUGUUGGAUUGACAUCAUGGAGGAGAACAUGAGGGAUUACGUACCAUGGCUUCCCAAGGAAACGAUCCAAGCAACAAUGCCUCAGUGCUUCAGAGAACAGUUUCCAAAUACAACCUGCAUUAUUGACUGUUCUGAGACACCACUUCAAAAGCCACACAACCUUGACUCAAGAGGCGAGUCCUACAGUCACUACUAUGGGCAGAACACAAUAAAAUACCUGGUCUCCAUUGCACCAUGUGGACUAAUUAUGUUCAUCUCACCUGCAUAUGGAGGAAGGUGCAGUGAUAAAUUCAUAACUGCAAACUCGGGUUUCCUUGAAUACCUUCGUCCAGGAGAUGAAGUAAUGGCAGAUAGAGGCUUCACGAUUAGUGAUCUCCUCUAUGAAAAAAAAGUAAAACUGGUUAUUCCAGCAUUCACCAAGAAAGGCAUGCAACUUUCGGAGGAAGACACCACCAACACUAGGCGCAUUGCUAAUGUACGUGUCCAUGUUGAGCGGGUAAUCUGUAGAUUGAAAACCUUCAAAAUCAUCUCUCAAACAGUUCCAAUCAACCUUACCCCUAAAAUUGACAAAAUUUUGAGAAUUUGUGCAGCCCUGUGUAAUUUACGUAGCGACAUAAUUUCUGAUGUAGAGGAUGAAUAAAUGUUUAUUAGUAGGCGCAUUGUAUUUGUCCUUAAAUUUUGUUGUUUUGUCUUUAACAGUUGUGUAAAUAAAAAAAUUAAGCAGGUAUUUUAAUAAACACUUACAAUGAUGAGAUGUUACAUAUUAACAUGUUAGCUGUAACAAAUACUAUUGAAUUCCAUGGUUACAGAUUUCCUGCAUUCUUUAAAGUAUCUUCAUUUGUGUUCAACAGAACAAAGUAAGUGUAACAGGUUUGAAACAAAUAAAGGCAGAGUAAAUUG